AUGUCGAGCGUCAAGGCCCUCCUCCGGGCCAUCAACGACGCCAUCAAGCAGCAGAAGUGGGAUGCUGCCAUUGAAGCGGCCGAAGAUGUGUUCCAGAAGGACCCUAAGAACUACCAGGCCCACAUAUUCCUUGCCUUCGCCCUCGACAAGAAAAACAAGCUCGACGAGGCCGAAAAGACGUACCUGGCCGCAGCCGCCCUCAAGCCGGGCGACUCGCAGGCCUGGCAGGGCCUGAUCAAGCUGUACCAGCGGCAGAAGAACAAGAAGCUCAAAGAGUACCAGCGCACGGCCGUGCGCCUCGCCGAGAUCUACCACGAUGCCAACGAGCUGUACAAGUGCCGGGACGUCAUCGACAAGUUUGUCGACCAUGCCCGCACCCAGGGCGACCGCCUGCAGUAUGUCGAUGCGCUCGAUGUUAUUCUGCCUGGAAGUCCGAUCUACUCUGUCCUUGAGGGGAGCGUGCCGGCGCCGGGAAAGACGUACGAGCUGCAGGCGCAGAUUGUGGAGGCGGAAGAGAAGAAGAGAAUCAAUACCUUGAUUGGCGAGCGUCGAACGAGGAUUGGCGCCCGCGUUGCGGAGGUUACGAUCGAGACCAAACGCGAGGUGUACAGCCAGAGCCGGCUGCUGGAGAUUUACCAGAAUGUAAUCAACUGGGCGACCGACGACGAUGUGCGGCGCACAUACGAGGAGAAGCAGCUGCAGUACUGCUACGACCGCAUGCUAGCCUGGCCGCCGGGCGAGCAGAAGGACCAGGAAGCGGCGACAGUCCGCCGUCUGGCCAACGACAUGGUGAUUAUUCGGCACCCGUUCAAGUUCGCCUGGGAUAUCGCCAUCAACUGGCAGGACAACAAGGAGGUCAAGCAGUGGGAUCCGGCCGUCCUGAGACAGUACUGCACCUUCUUCCCCGACAGCGACCUGAGCCGGGUGAUUAUGGGUUACCUGACCAGCGAGAUCUCGCCGUUCCCCAAGGAGAGCGCCCAGCCAACGCAGCAGACGGCGCUUGCGGAGAGCGACGAGGACGAGAGCGAAGACGAUGAGGAGGGCGGCGGCGUGCCCACUACGUACGUGCCGCUGACGGAGGAGGAUCGUCUGGCCAUGUUCAUGGAGGGCUCCAGCAGCGCCGACUCGCUGUUUGCCUUGAGGCUGACGGCUGAGUAUUAUCUGCACAUUGAGGAGCACGAGAUGAAUGUUGAGUUGAUGCGCAAGGCCGUCGAGCAUCUCAAGCUGGAGAGGUCCCGGACUGGCUUUCGCUUCCAACAUACCGAGGACGCCUUCUCCCUGGCGCUGGGCACAUCGCUGGUCUUCUACCAGUCCCCGCGUCAUCAUCAAGAAGCCAAGGCGCUCUUCGACAAAGUGCUCUCUCACGACCCGUCAUCCACGCCCGCCCUUAUCGGCGUCGGCCUGAUCUACGAGGAAGAAGAGGAGUACACCGAAGCGAUUGGCUUCCUCGAACGUGCCCUCCAGCGCGACCCAUCCAACCUCCGCGUGCGCACCGAAGCGGCCUGGGUCAAGGCCCUCAACGGCGACUUCGCAACCGCCAAAGCCGAGCUCCAGGCCUGUCUCCCCCAGCUCGAGAAGGCCAAGAACCAAAAAGAACUCCUCGCCCAGACGCAGUACCGUGUCGGCCACUGCAUCUGGAACCUGGACACAUCCAAGGCGGCGCGCAAGAGCCGGACCGGGGCAUAUGCCUACUUCUUGGAGGCACUCAAGAAUAAUCUGAAUUACGCCCCCGCCUACACCGCGCUGGGCAUUUAUUACGCCGACUACGCCAAAGACAAGAAGCGCGCGCGUCGCUGCUUCCAAAAGGCUGUGGAGCUGUCGCCGUCGGAGGUCUACUCCGCAGAGCGCCUGGCCCGGUCCUUCGCCGACGACGGCGACUGGGACCGUGUCGAACUCGUCGCGCAGCGGGUUGUGGACUCGGGCAAGGUCAAGCCGCCGCCGGGGUCCAAGCGCAAGGGGAUUAGCUGGCCGUUUGCGGCGCUCGGUGUUGCUGAGCUCAACAAGCAGGACUAUCGCAAGGCGAUCGUCUCGUUCCAGGCUGCGCUGCGGAUUGCGCCCGAGGAUUAUCAUUCGUGGGUUGGCCUGGGUGAGGCGUAUCAUGGCUCUGGGAGGUACAUCGCCGCGACAAAGGCGAUUUUGAAUGCUCAGCGGUUGGAGGAGACUGCUAGGGAUAAAAUCCAGGGGGAGACGUGGUUUAGUCGGUUUAUCCUGGCUGAUAUCAAGCGGGACUUGGGGGAGUUCGAUGAGGCGAUUGCGCUGUACAAGGCUGUGGCCGACGAGCAUCCCGACGAGCAGGGCGUCGUCAUCGCGCUGAUGCAGGCUAUGGUCGAGAGCGCUAUGGACAGCCUCGACAAAGGCUUCUUUGGCAAGGCGGUCGACCUGGCUAAGGAAACACUCAAGGUCGCCUCGCAAGCCUGCCGCGCCAUUCAGGAGACAUUCAACUUCUGGAAGGCCGUCGGCGACGCCUGCUCAAUCUUCUCCAGCGUGCGUGGCCGUUUGUCCGAGUUCCCCCUGGACAUUGUCCAGCAGAUUCUCUCCGACGAGGAUCUCGCCCCCAGCAACGGCGUCCCCGGAGACCAAACGGACUCGUCCCUCCUCUAUACCGUCCUACAGGCAACCAUCACCUCCCACACCCGCGCCAUCCAAGCCUCCGCCCACGACGUCCACGCCCAGGCCGUAGCACACUAUAACCUCGGCUGGGCCGAAUUCCGCGCUCAUACCUGCCUGCCUUCCCAAAAGAAAGCCUCCCCGCACCUCAAAACCGCCAUCGCCUGCUUCAAACGUGCCAUCGAGCUCGAGGCAGGCAACGCCGAGUUCUGGAACGCCCUGGGCGUCGUCACGUCUACUGUCAACCCCGCUGUGGCACAGCAUGCCUUUGUCCGCAGUCUGCAUAUCAAUGAGGCCGGUGCACACGUCUGGACCAAUCUGGGAGCCCUCGCCCUGCUGCAGGGGGAUGUCCAGUUGGCGAACGAGGCCUUCACUAAAGCGCAGAGCGCCGAUCCGGAUUACGCGCAUGCUUGGCUCGGCCAGGGACUGGUUGCCCUGCUCGUGGGCGAUGUGAAGGAGGCGAGGGGAUUGUUUACGCAUGCGGCGUCGAUUGCGGAGGCGUCGUCCCGCCCGGUGAGGAGACACUAUGCGGUCGCGAUGUUCGAUAUGCUGUUGGCGGCUCGCGGGGCUGCGUUGCCGAUUACGGCGCUGCUGCAACCGUUGUUGGCGCUGUCGCAGCUGGCGGCGCUCGAGCCGGGGGAGUUAGGGUUUAGUCAUUUGCUGGGGUUGAUGCAGGAGAGGAAUGGGGAGCCGAGGAGGGCGGUUGAGACGCUGGAGGGGGUGUGUGGGCGGUUGGAGGAGAGGUAUGAGCGGACGGAAGCCGCUACAGACCUGAAGCACUUUGCUAUUGCGAAGGCGGAUCUGGCGAGGGCACGGCUUGCGGCGGGGGAGUAUGAGGCUGCGGUUGAAGAUGCGGAAAUGGCGCUGCAGCUGUCGGAAGAGGGAUCUGAACUCACGGCUGAGGAGCGGGCCCGUGUGAGGUUAUCUGCACAUGUUACGACGGGAGUGGCGAAGUACUUCUUACAGUCCCCUGCUGAAGCGGUUACUGCGCUGGACGCGGCGCUGGACGAGUCCAACUCUGACCCCGACGUCGCUUGUCUACUGGCACAAAUCCUCUGGGCUGAAGGGAGCGAAGCCUCCCGCGAGCGGGCAAGAGAUGUGCUGUUUGGCGUGGUGGAAGCCACUUCCCCUCCGCACGUGCGUGCCGUGGUCUUGUUAGGAGUCAUUGCCUUGCUGGACGGGGAUGAAGAGGGUCUCGAGGCGGUUGUGUCUGAACUACAGGGCUUACGUGGGGCCGGCACCUCGGAUGGCGAUGGCCAAGGCCAAGGGAAGGGUUUGAGUGUCACGGAGAUGGAGGACAUCGGUAUCGUGUUGCGCGCCGUUGCGGGUUUAGGUAGCCUCACGACUGAGACCAGCACUGAAGUGGUCACGGCCCAAGACCAAAAAGCCUCCCAAGCCCGUCAGGACGUUAUGUACCAUCCCUGGCUGCCGCACGGGUGGUCUGGGUUGGCCGCCUCUGCACGGGCCUCUGCUACUGAUGAUGAAGGUGAAGAGCUGGGGAGGUCUGCGGCAGAGAUGGCAUUGCGAGUAGCUGUUAAGGGUGUGCCGCCCAGAGGGGAACUGGAGGCAGAGGAUUUGGCGAAGGCGUAUGCGGGUACCGGGAGAGUGAGAGAUGCGCAGGUUGCGGUGUGGAUCGCGCCUUGGUGUGGGGAGGGGUGGGCAAGUUUGAGGGGGGGUGUUGCUGGGAAGGCUUAG